CUACAAUUUUUAAGAAUGUGAAGUGCAGUUUCUGUGGAUACGAAAAUCUCCCAAGAAUCUACUUAUUUGUUGUGAAUGUUACGUGCGGAAUCCAGUAACACCCCCUAAACGCAGGGUCUCAUAAACCUUCUGUGCAAUUGUCAUCUCAAUAUUGAAAAAGUUUUCCUUUGACGAAAAAGUAGCUAUGACAUCAUCCUGUUGAUCCGGUAUUUAAUAUCAGUGUUUUUGAACUUAAAGGCGUUCGUCCUUAAUCCCUGCUUCACUGAACAUAAACAAAUACAAGUAACUCGCGUUAUCUAUUCGCCAGAAUGUCUGUUAUUCUAGUUAGCUUAGAAUAUUUCUAGCUAUACCUACCACAUAUAUGACUACUGAGUACCUAUUGUUACAAUUUUCGAUGUCUUACAAAUACCUUUCCCUAAAGGACCAGUUUCGUACUAAAGGACCAUGAAUCACAUAGAGUUCGUAUUAAUCUCCUAUCACCUUAGUGUGCGUCAUUUUCAGCAAUGUACACACACAGCGCCGAUGGCGAUAAGACAACGAUAGGGAAACUUAUCAUUCCACCGCGAUUACGAGUCGAACGCAGAUGGGCUUGUGUCAUCGUUCUUAAAAAGUAAAAAUGCGCGCCCUUUUGUUUUUGACGUUCUUUUUUUUAAUAUUCAAAAAUGGAAGUGCUCAAGACGUUUAUGAAGAAAUUAUGGAGGAAGAAGUGUUGAAACUGAUCAAGUUAUGUGAUGUUUGCACGUGCAGUGAAAUCCCAGAUAUCGAUGGGACUCAUAUAGUGUUGUAUGUUCAGUGUUCGGAGUUCGAUAGGAUAGAAAAUGUAUCAGACUUGGACAAAAUUGCAUGGCCUUUGAAUCCUAAUGGCUUGAAGAUAUCGGCCACUUUCGAUGGACUAGGACUGUCAACAUUGGGCAAGUUGCCGCCAAAUUCACAAGUGGAGACGCUACGAUUCACAAACAACGCCAUAAAAGCUUACUGGCCAGAUCCUUUUAGCGACGUUCCAAAUUUGAAAAUUCUGUCAUUCUCGCACAAUGAGCUCACCACGAUCACGCCUGACCUUUUCACUAAUAUAAACGCUUUGGAAGAUCUAGACUUAUCGUAUAAUAAGCUGUCGGAGUUCAAUCCUUUGGAUUUUAGGCACUUACGUCAUUUGAAGAAGUUGAAUUUGCAAAGUAAUAAUUUGAAGCGGAUUCCGCUGGAUGCGCUGCAGCCUAUAACAGCGCUUGAAGAUUUGGAUGUCAGCAAGAAUGGGAUAUUCGACCUCAUUCUCCAAAGGAGUGACGUUGAGAAUUUGGCGCGCUUGAAGCGGCUGAAUUUGAAUGAGAACAGAAUCAGAUCUCUCACUAAGGAUUCCUUCCCACCGAAUAAUAGUCUAGAAUUUUUAGAUUUAUCAAAUAACAUAAUAGAAAUAGUUGAAGAAGAAGCCUUCCUGACGUGCACGAAUUUAAGAGAAUUGAACCUUGCUCAGAACAACAUAACGUUGGUUUUCGCUCUACCGCCAGGGUUGCAGAUUGCCAUACUGAAAAUUAACACUUUGUUCCAUUGGCCCAAGUUCCCUACUGGGAUCAAGUAUAUCGACCUAUCUUAUAACAGACUGUCGGAUUUGUAUGACGAAAAUUCUGUUAAUUUUGAUAGUUUGGAGGUACUAAACAUCGGUGGAAAUCAAAUAAAAGAAAUGAACAUAGAAAAGAAACUACCAAGCUUAUACAGUUUAGAUUUAUCAUACAACUUGAUAGCUGAAAUACCAAAGACGAUUAGCACUCAAUAUUUUCCCAAUUUAGAAGAACUUCAUUUCGAUGGCAACCCCAUUGAGACGGUUUAUUUUAAAAAUAUAAUUGCUGUAAAGAGUUUGUAUAUGAAUGAGAUGAAGUCUCUUCGUGUUAUUGAUGAGAAGGCGUUUAGUAAUGUGGUGGGAAGAGCCGCAGAGGAAACGGAAAAUGAUAUUAGUUGUUUCUCUCUGUAUCUGUCAAGUUGUCCAUCUUUGGGGGAGAUUAAGGCGGGAGCUUUUGAUGGCACUUCAGUUUGCAUGCUGGACAUAAGCAAGAACAACCUGACUUACUUACCAAAGAGCCUGGUAGACUGGACCUCCGUGUCCGAGGGGGUGAACUUGCAGUUCAACCCGUGGAACUGCAACUGUGACAUGCAGUGGAUCGUGGAUGAGCUGCUGCCGCAGAUGUAUGCUACUAAGCAUUCUAGGUUGCUGGCUGAACUUAGAUGCGGUUCCCCCCGCGCGUUCGAAGGUCUGCGAGUGGUACAUUGGUAUAACUGGACGGAGCGAGCGAUGUGUGGGGAUGCGGCGUCUAGGAGUGGUAUUCAUGGGAAUUAUAUGCUGGAACCAUCAACAGACAACUUAGGCCCACGUGUGACGAACUUAACCUUAAUCCUAGGAGCCAGCAUCAUAGUAUCUUUACUCGUAGCAAUAGCUUUAGCCGUCUACUUAAUAAAGACGAGGAAAAAAUACCGCAUCCGCCGCGCCGCCAUGAAACGAAAGCGGCAGAGUGCUACAGACAUUACUAAUGGACAUAAAGAACAGUUUACUAACUUAAAUACUAGUAAAGUUUGAGAUUUUGUAAUUUGUUGAUGUUUUAAUGUGUGGGUGAUGCAGUGGUUAAGUUUAGUGUUCUGACUUGUUUGCGAUUGUAAAAGUGAACUGUGUGAUGGGUUGUGACGAACUCAAAAUCGUGACGAGUUUGUGGUUUAACUGGAUAUGAUGACGAACUUUUUAAGGUUUGUUUUUUUUCAAAGGUCGCUUAGAAUGCAAUGUAAAUUGCAAUGUACCUUUCUUAUUUAAAAUAGAAUUAAUACAUUAUAAUAUCACAUCGUUCGCUUGCACUAUCGUUAGCAAUUAGGACGAAUCCAAAAGUGAUUGUGUAAAAUAUCUUAAAGUUAAAAAUUCCGUUGACGGAAUAUUAAAAGUCGAUAUUUCUGGUCGAAAUAAAAAAUAGAUUCCACUAGGUAUUAUUAUUUAAAUAGUUCAUCCCAUUUAAGGACAAGUCAUUUUUAUAUUUAGGUAAGUUAAAUUGUUAACCAAAUCAUUGAACCAAAAGUAGAUUAAUCUUUAUUAUGAAUGUAUGCCUUCAUGUUGAAUAUACCUUAGUGUAAUUUUUGUUGAUCGCUAAUGAGUACUGUUGUAAAUAUUAGUAUUUUUAUACAAUAAUGUUAAAUAAGUACAGCUUUACCACAAUGUUUUUUUUACGUUUUUUGACGUAAAUGUUUGUGUUCACUUCAUCAGUUUUUAUAAAGCUUUGUUGCCACAUUACAGACAAAAUUAUGUUUUGUUAUAACACAGGCUUUUAAAUUGCUAUACGCCACGUAUGCAACAUAGUGUGUGUAUAAAUAAAUCUCAUUAACCAAGCUUCAACAACAAUACAAUUAAAACAAGAAUAUUUAAUUCAGCCAUAACUUUAUAAAUGUGAAUGCAGAAGCAGAAAAGAAUCAGAAUGUUUUAUUGUAAAAUAUUAGUUAAAUAUAUAAGUUGUACGUAUAAAGAGUUUUAAUAAAAUAUUUAUACUGAA